UUCCUCCCUGUCUGCCCCGCAGCCCGUCCCUUCGUUCCUUUCUCCUUCCCUCUCUGUCCCUCUCCCGGUCCCCGGCAUUAAACUCUGCUUCUCUGCCCGGUAGCUCGCCACCGUCUUACCUUUCCCCGUCUCUCUCUCUGUCCAGCUCCCUCUCUCGAAUCUUCAAUUCCUCCCUGUCGCUGCAGAAGCCUGUCGGGACUUUUUCCCCUGCCCGGCUUGCCUCUCCCUGUCUCGCGAUUCCUCCCUCUCUGCCCUCUUAGCCGCGACCGUUUUUAUAUUCUCCGUCUCUCCCUCGGUCCGCCUCGAGAUCCCGAUUGUUUUUUAAAGCGACCGAAUCGUCGAGGUUGGCAGAGACCUUUACGAUUAUCGGGUGGAACCGCGAACCUGGCGCUGGCAAGUCCCCCUCUGCCCCGCAGCCCGUCCCUUCCCUUCCGACGGCCUCUUUCUCCACCUCCCUCUGUCCGGCUCCCGGCCCCUCUUUUCCACUUCCGCCCUCUGUACCCUGUGGCUUUCCCCCUCUUCUUUCUCUCUCUGUCUCUGUUUGAGGAGGAGCAGCUGCCGCCCCAGCGUUCGCACCCCGUUCACGGUGUCGCGCGCACGCUUCUUCUCGGGCGCGCUUCCUCCUCCUCCUCCGGGCUCGACCCGAGGCUUCCGGCAGCAGUCUCCGGGUGUCGGAUUUUGUAAAAUAAUUAACGUAACUGAAAGGUGCAGCAGCGGGAUCGGCCCGGGCGGGGCGCCUCCAAAGAGAGGGACCCCGAACAAAGAAAUCCCGGGGCCGUUCCACGCUUGGGUCCCGGACACCCGCCCCUCGCGCGCUGUCCGCGCGUCCCUUAGUCCCGCGGUGACUUUUGGUCUGGGGUCUUCUACCGUCGUCUCGGAUUCUUCUUCUGUAUAGCUGUGGGCGGUGCGUUAUUCCACAGGUGCUGCUGCGCCGAUGCUCCGUACGUUCGCAGUAACGGGUAGAGCGGAAGGCUCCGUGGCCAGGGAAGAGCGGCACGGACACGUUCCUGCUCGCUCCGUUGCACCGGAAUUUCGACGGCUGGGUUCGGCCGCUAAAUUGAUGGCGCUACCGGAAGAAAUUUCAGAAAAAUAUGAGAAAAGCUCUGUCCAGAGAUAUGGAGACGAAAUCAGUUGUACCUCACCCUGUGACACCGGAAGACAUUGAGUAACUGUAAGCUGUGAUGCUCAGUGAAAUUACUAAGAGCGUUAAGUUUCCCGUGCCUUUGCUUUCACUCUCCCAUUCUCUUGUCUUGCGGCACGUCGCAUUUUUUGAGGCCGUGGAAGCGACACCGGGAGCGAUGGGUUGUCAGAACCAGGUCCUCCUGCCUGUCGCUGGUUUUGCUUACCUUCGCCGUCUCUGUGUACCAGCCUGCAUCUCUCUCUCUGUUCCUCAAUCCCUGUCCUCUCUUCUCUGUUCUGCUUUGUUUCGCUGCGUAUGUCCCGUUCCCUGUCCCACCUUUAUCCUUCCUUCCUUCUUCCUCGCCUUUUUCUUUGUCCUUUUGUCCUGCUCCCCGACCCUGUUUCUCGCUCCAUCUGACCGUCCUUUUCCUGGCACCUUUGUGUCUCUGCUCCUUGCCCCCGUCUUUCUCUCCCCUCUGCCCAGUCCUCGUCUCCCUCUUUUGUCUCUCUGUCCCUCUGUCCUCCUUCUGCCUCUGCCCCUCUGUCCUGCUCCCUGCCCCUCUUGUUCUCACUCUGCCCCAGCGUCCCGCUCCCCGGUCCUCUUUCCCUCUGUUGCUCUCUCCUUUUAUCUCUCCUUCUCCCUGCUCCCCAGCCCGGUUCUCUCACGCUCCCGCUUCCUUUUUUUAUUCUCUGUUGCUCUGUCCUGCUCCCCGUGCCGCUGUCCCUCGCCGUACCUCUCGGUCCGGCUCCCUGCCCUUAUUCUCUUUUCCUCCCUCGCCGUGGCGCUGCCCGCCCAGGGUCGUUUCUGCCUCUCUGUCCCGCUCCCCGUCCUGGUUUGUCGGUCGCCGUCCCGCUGCCUCUCUUCCUGCCGCUUCUUCCUCCCUCUCUGUCAGGCUCCCUGUCCCCGUCCUUCACUCGCCGUCCCUUUCCUUGCCUCGUGCUUUCUCGCUCGCCGCCGCCGCCCCCCCCAUCCAGCUGGCUGCCCCUUUUCUCCUCUCUUCUAGCGUCCUGCAGCUGGCUCCUCGGUUUUGGCGGCAGCCUGCACAUAGCAGCCCAGCUCUCCAGCAGCCUGACGGACCGACCGUGUGUCUGUUCCACGCCGGACUGGCGAGCGUGGCUCCGGGUAGGACAGCCGAGGUGCCCCAGGGCCGGGCCCCGAGCCCCGGUGCGGAGUCUCUCCCGGAACCGGCUCUGUGUG